AUGACCGCGCACCGCAUGAUAUGCUUUGAUUCCAGCGGCUUUCGAGGUGACCUCCAUCGACACAAGGUCAUCAUCAUGAACGCUGCCUGGGGGCUAGGAGAGAACAUCAUCCAGGACACUGUGGACCAAGACGAGUACCAAUUCUUCAAGCUCCUCGUCUCGGAAGGCUACUUCGUCUCCAUAAUCGAUGUAGAUGGCCCCGAAAUCCCCAGCUCGCUCGAUGGGCCUGCACCACUGAAUCCCAUUACGAUUGCCCCAUGGACAUGGAAUGGGGCCAAAGACAGCCUCACCAGUGAUUCGUUCAUCGUUCAUGCCCGACCGGAAACCGUGCACUCGCGUCGCGACGCGACCGCCGCUCUCAAGGCGUACAACAUUGGCCACAAGGGCUGCAUUUCAAACCACCGGGGUCGUAGAUGA